AUGCUUUCAGUGGACUGUUGGGAUGGACCAGAAAAUGAUCCAAUCAUCUACCAUGGUUACACUCUCACCACAAAAAUACUCUUCCGAGAUGUCAUCAAGGCCAUCAAUGAAUAUGCCUUCAAAACAUCUCCGUAAGCUGACCUUUGAUCAAUCUUUAAACUUUUUGGAAUUGAUAUCAGCUACAUAUUAAUAUUAUGUCAUUUAGAUGCGAUUUUUGCAAAGAGAAAUUGAGAGGACUAAUUAAAAUAGACAACAAGAGGAAAGGAGAGGAAAGGAUAGAAGAAAAUACGAUGUUGCAUAAAAUACUCUUAUGAAAAACACCUUACCUUAAACCAGUGGUUCUCAACCUUUCUAAUGCUGUGACCCUUUAAAACAGCUCCUCAAUUGUGGCGACCCCCAACACAAAAUUAUUUUCGUUGAUACUUUAUUACUGUAGAGUAGGUGUGUUUUCAGAUGGUCUUAGGUGACCCCUGUGAAAGGGUCGUGUGACCCCAAAAAGGGACACGACCCACAGGUUGAGAACAAACAUGUAAAUCAUAUUUUCUAACAACAUAACAACAGAAACUUUCUAUUAAUUUCAUAGGGGAGAAGUAUUUCGGCUUCUGUAAUUUGGUUUGAGAUGCGCUAAUGCUUUUUAAAAAUCUCUGGUUUGUGAAGAGCUGUACCAGAAAAAAAAAUUGAUACCAAGUUUUAAUCUCAUGCCAAUUAUUAAUAAAUUAUUCUAUCAAAAUUAAUUUAUAUUUACAUAAUAUUUACAUAAUAGUUAAAUAGAGGAACAAACAAAUUUAUAAUAUGAAUAUUUUCAGAUAUCCAGUCACGUUAUCCAUAGAAAAUCAUUGUUCUCUUCAACAACAGCAAGUCAUGGCUAACGUAAUGAACUUGACAUUCGGU